AUGAUCUUCAACUUUUGUGUCACAGAUAGGAACCUGUCAGGUGCUGCUACUUCGUAUGGCAAUAGUUACGCUGCGGCUGCCGGUGGCGUUGGCACAAAUCUAGGCUUAUUUACAUUUGCAAAUUUGGCUGGCCGAAGUGCACCAUCAUCGAGUAUUCAUUGGCUUGGAAAUAGCAGCAUUAACUCCAGUGCCGAGGGCAACACAGAACAUCCUAGUCUGUGGCGUCGCCGCGCAUCUUCAGACGCAAUGACUUUUCAUUCUGGACUUACUGUAACUUCUUCAUCGCUCUUUCCAUCUUCCUUGCAAUCCUCAUCCUCUGUCUCAAUACCGCAUAAUGCAAAAACGACGCCAACAGUCACAACCGCAGCAUCCGCUGUGGUGGAUGCACCUAGGCAUACUUCUUCGCUUCACACAGCCCCUCAUGUCCUACGCCUAUUUUAUUCACGAGAUGGGCAUCUCUUAUUUGUUCUUUCCACCGAUUCGCCUUCGUGUAAAUGCGGCUCAUUUACAGUCGCUGGUUCAGCUGGUCUAAGUGGCUCAUCCAUGCAUCAUUCAGUAAGUAAGCUAUGA